AGGAUCGGUCAUUAGAUGGUCAUUGAGCGUCGUCACACAUCGACACAAGUUUGCGCCCUGCAGUCUGUUGGUACCCGUGUGUAUAAAUACUUGCAUUGUAUGGGCCACCACCAUCAGUACUCCGCAGAAAUUGGAACAAUGAAGACUAUCUUCUCCCUUGGUUUGCUGAUGUGCAUCGCGCUGGCGUACGCGUCGGCCCUCCCAGCACCCGAGGGUGAUGCCACAGACACUGCUGACCUGACCGCUCCUACUGAAAAUGAGGAGCUCACGCCUGAGGAGUCCCGCUGGGGUUACGGGGGCUGGGGCAGAGGCUACGGCGGUUGGGGUAGAGGCUACGGAGGGGGUUGGGGACACGGAGGGGGAUGGGGGCACGGUGGGGGGUGGGGACGAGGCUACGGAGGAGGAUGGGGGUACGGCGGCGGAUGGGGACGCGGAUGGGGCUGGGGACGUUAAAUAUGAUUAGUCUACCACAAAUUCCCUAUUUAAUUUCUAACUUUAUGUCUAUAAGAAUUAAAAAUUAUUGCUGAUUAUUUGUGGUACGGUCAGUGACGUCCAAACCAAGUACCUUUUUAAGCUUGUGAAAUAGAAAACGGUUUAGAUUGGUACUUGGUCAAUAUACGAAACAAUAGUGAUGUGUUAAGCUACUCCGAAAAAUACUUAAAUUGGAUUAAAGUGUAAAAUGUGAUUCUUUUGUUUUAUACGUAGUAAAAUAAAACAAUUAAAAUAUUUGUACAAUAA